AUGGAGGUGAUGGGGAGCACUGGCAAGAGGGAUGAGCUGCUCCUGACAACUCCCAAGUUAAGCCUCGCCAAGAUCAUCCCACAGCCCUGGGGAGGCGAAGCGGAGCAGCACUGUGGCACCCUGCGGGGCCGGACCGAGCCGCCCGAGAGUUUUGUGGGGACAGAGCAGGACUCCCUGCCUGGAAAGGCACCUCACCCCAGCAUGGCUGAAGGUCCUGGGAGCUGGAAAGACUUCACCCCGGCCAGGGGUGACGACGAGGCAGCCAGGGGGGCCGUGGCAAGCCUCCUGGGAGUGGCGGAUGCAGAGAACGCCAGGCAAGCGCAACACUCGGGCCUCCAUGGUGUGGAUCCAGCUUGGGAGGAGAUGAGAGGGGCAGUGGUGGUGGCGGAGGUGGAGGAGCAGUUCCUGCACUUGGCCAUCAGAAAGCAGGUCUCCUACAGACUCCACCUGCCCCACAAAGGUGUCUUCCCUUGUCUCCAGGGCAGCCAGCCCGGCCGAUGGGGAUCCAGGAGGAUAAAGCACCGGCCGGCGGUGUAUAAGAAAGCUAUCGCCAAGUCCAGCCUCCAGCACAUGGUAACCCAGCCAAACCCUGCGCUAGCCGUGAGGAGCGACUCAGAGAGGCAGAUACGCAGCACUGUGGACUGGAGCGAGACUGCGGUCUAUGGGGAGCACAUCUGGUUUGAGACCAAUGUCUCUGGGGACUUCUGCUACGUUGGGGAACAGAACUGUAUGGCGAAGCUGCUGCAAAAACCUCUCUCCAGGCGUAAGUGUGCAGCCUGCAAGAUCGUAGUGCAUACACCCUGCAUCGAACAGCUGGAGAAAAUAAAUUUCCGCUGCAAACCUUCCUUCAGGGAGUCAGGAUCCCGGAACGUACGGGAGCCCAUAGUUGUCCGGCAUCACUGGGUACACCGGAGGCGGCAGGAAGGGAAAUGCCGGCAGUGUGGUAAGGGUUUCCAGCAAAAGUUUGCCUUCCACAGUAAAGAGAUUGUAGCCAUCAGCUGUUCCUGGUGCAAGCAAGCGUAUCACAGCAAAGUGUCAUGUUUCAUGCUGCAACACAUCGAAGAGCCCUGCUCACUGGGGGCUCACGCUGCUGUUGUUGUUCCUCCCACCUGGAUUCUGCGGGUCCGACGGCCCCAGAAUCCACUGAAAUCUAGUAAGAAGAAGAAGAGGACAUCGUUCAAGCGGAAAUCCAGCAAAAAGGGGGCCGAGGAAGGGAGGUGGAAACCUUUUGUCAUCAAGCCCAUGCCAGCUCCUCUCAUGAAGCCCUUGCUGGUAUUUGUGAACCCCAAGAGUGGUGGGAAUCAGGGAGCCAAGAUCAUCCAAUCCUUCAUGUGGUAUCUCAACCCACGGCAAGUUUUCGACCUCAGCCAGGGUGGACCCAAGGAGGCGCUGGAGCUGUAUCGCAAGGUCCACAACCUCCGGAUCCUGGCGUGCGGGGGAGACGGCACGGUGGGCUGGAUACUCUCCAUUCUGGACCAGUUACGCCUCAACCCACCUCCUCCUGUGGCCAUCCUACCUUUGGGGACAGGGAAUGACUUGGCCAGGACACUGAACUGGGGUGGGGGUUACACAGAUGAGCCUCUGUCCAAGAUCCUGUCACACGUGGAAGAUGGGAACAUUGUGCAGCUCGAUCGCUGGAACCUCCAUGUGGAGCCAAACCCUGACGCAAACCCUGAGGAAAAGGAUGAGGUGGCCGCUGACAAGCUCCCCUUGGAUGUCUUUAAUAACUAUUUCAGCCUUGGCUUUGACGCGCGGGUGACGCUGGAGUUCCACGAAUCCCGAGAGGCCAACCCAGAGAAGUUCAACAGCCGGUUUCGGAAUAAAAUGUUCUAUGCUGGGACGGCUUUCUCCGACUUCCUCACAGGGAGCUCCAAAGACUUAGCGAAGCACGUCAAGUUGGUUUGCGAUGGCAUAGACCUGACCUCCAAGAUCCAGGACCUAAAGCCCCAGUGCCUGGUCUUCCUGAACAUCCCCAGGUACUGUGCAGGCACCAUGCCCUGGGGCAACCCUGGGGAGCACCACGACUUCGAGCCACAGCGCCACGAUGACGGCUGCAUUGAAGUUAUUGGCUUCACCAUGACAUCCCUGGCUGCCUUGCAGGUUGGUGGUCACGGGGAGCGGCUGUGCCAGUGCCGGCAGGUGGUUCUCACCACGUCCAAGGCCAUCCCCAUGCAGGUAGAUGGAGAGCCCUGCAAGCUGGCGGCUUCCUGUAUCCACAUCUCCCUGCGCAACCAAGCCAACAUGGUGCAGAAGACCAAGCGUCGCAACUCCAUGCCUCUGCUCAAUGACCAGCAGCCAGUGCCCGAGCGGCUGCGGAUCCGGGUGAGCCGAAUCAGCAUGCGUGAUUACGAGGCACUGCACUAUGACAAGGAAAAGCUCAAGGAAGCCUCUGUGCCGCUGGGGAUCAUUGUGGUUCCAGGAGACAGUGACCUGGAGUUGUGCCGGACCCAAAUCGAGAGGCUGCAGGAGGAUUUCCUUCCACAGCCCUCUGCUUUAGAGCGCCUGCUCUUUCAGGAGGGAGAUGGAGCCAAACCGAAGACACUGUCAUCGCAGAAGCUAUCACCCAAGUGGUGCUUCCUGGACUCAACCACAGCUGAUCGGUUCUACAGGAUAGACCGCGCACAGGAGCACCUCAACUAUGUGACAGAGAUAUCUCAGGACGAGCUCUACGUGCUGGACCCAGAGCUGGUGAUCACCCAGACCGUGGGCACCUCUCCUGCCAUGCCUGACCUUGUUGACUCGUCUGCUGCACCCACUGGGCACCAUUUUGCAUUCCCCUCCUCUUCCUCCUCUCCACCCUCCUCUCCUGCCCCCAGUGCUGAGCCUGAGUGCUGCCUCCCACACAAAGAUGACUUUCUGAUAGAAGCUGCCAAGAGCGGCAACUUCAGCAAGUUCCAAGAGCUGCACCGGGCUGGAAGAGACCUGAUGGUGCGAGACUCCUCGGGCCAGACCGUCCUCCACCAUGCUGUCAAAUCAGGGAGCAAGGACAUCGUCAAAUACAUCAUCGAGAAUGCCCCUUCAGAAAUCCUCGAUGCCACAGAGGAGGAGAACGGUGAAACCAGCUUGCACCAGGCUGCAGCCUUACGCCAGCGCACUAUCUGCCACUACAUCGUGGAGGCCGGGGCUUCACUCAUGAAGACGGACCUGCAGGGAGACACCCCCAAGCACCGGGCUGAGAAAGCCAACGACCCUGACCUAGCUGCCUACCUCGAGAACCGACAGCACUACCAGAUGAUCCAGCGGGAGGACCAGGAGACAGCUGUGUAGUGCUUAGCGUGCCUUAGCCCAAGCCAGCUCAGGCAGGAUGAGAAGAGGAUGAUGGCAACUGGCAGAGCUGUGAGUCUGGCCCAGCCCUCCCUAGAUGUCAGCCUGGUCCCCGGAGGAGAUGGAGACUGCAGAGCUCUGUCCCAGGCUGGGCUGGGACUCUGUUUAUGAGGACAGUGGGUAUUUGGGACUUGAAACCUGGCUCUUUAUGUGUGUCCCCCUUCGCCCCUCAUCCACCAUGUUCCCUGCCCUGGAUGGGCUCCAUCCUGCAGCCCUGUUGGGGCAGGCCAGGCUGAAGCCCCGAGUCACCCUUGUGCAUGGGAGUGAUGCCAGUGGCCCAUCCGCAGGCUCAUACCUAUGAUCCUUGUGGGAUAUUGUUGCUCGUCCCCUCUCCCUGCCGGCAGUGCCCCUUCUUUAGAUGCUUGGCUAGGUUCAUGUCCUGUUCCUCCUCUCCUGUCUGGCACAGCUGCAGGAGGCACAGGCUGUGCGGGCAGACAACAGAGGCCGCGAACCUCAGACUUUGCCUCAAGGGAAGCACAAUGACUUACUGCCCCUGCCUCCUCCUCCCUCCUGUCGGUUUGGGGCUGCCCUGGGUCUCUGCGUUGCCCUACUGGGGCCUUCUGCAGCAGGAGGGAAGUCCCUGGCAC